CCUCACGAUGACCAACUGCCCGUCCUGGCGGCUGCUACUGCUGUUCUCGCUGUGGGGACCACUGCUCUGGAUGGCAGAGACAGGCUCUGAGGGGCAGACGGCGGGGGAGCUGUACCAGCGCUGGGAACGCUACCGCAGGGAGUGCCAGGAGACGCUGGAGACAGCGGAGUCCCCAGCGGGCCUCGCCUGCAACGGGUCCUUCGACAUGUACGUCUGCUGGGACUACGCUGCACCUAACGCCACUGCCCGUGCGUCUUGCCCCUGGUACCUGCCCUGGUAUCGCCAUGUGGCUGCGGGCUUUGUCCUCCGCCAGUGUGGCAGUGAUGGCCAAUGGGGACCUUGGAGAGACCAUUCUCAGUGUGAGAACCCAGAGAAGAAUGAGACCUUUCAGGACCAAAGGCUGAUCUUGGAACGGCUACAGAUUGUGUACACUGUCGGCUAUUCCCUGUCACUGGCCACACUGCUGCUGGCCCUGCUCAUCUUGAGUUUCUUCAGGCGGCUGCACUGCACUCGCAACUACGUCCACAUCAACCUGUUCACAUCUUUCAUGCUGCGGGCGGCAGCCAUCCUCACCCGAGACCGGCUGCUACCUCCACCUGGCCCCUCCCCUGGGGGCCAGGCCCCUGUCCUGUGGAACCAGGCUCUAGUCGCCUGCCGAACAGCCCAGAUUGUGACCCAGUACUGCGUGGGCGCCAACUACACGUGGCUGUUGGUGGAGGGCAUCUACCUGCACAGACUCCUGGUGCUUGUGGGAGGCUCCGAAGGGGGCCACUUCCGCUACUACCUGCUCCUCGGCUGGGGGGCCCCCGCUCUUUUCGUCAUUCCCUGGGUGAUCGUCAGGUACCUGUACGAGAACACGCAGUGCUGGGAGCGAAACGAUGUUAAGGCCUUUUGGUGGAUCAUACGUACCCCUAUCCUCAUGGCCAUCUUGAUUAAUUUCUUCAUCUUUAUCCGCAUUCUUGGCGUCCUCGUGUCCAAGCUGAGGACACGGCAGAUGCGCUGCCCGGACUACCGGCUGAGGCUGGCUCGCUCCACGCUGACGCUGGUGCCCCUGCUGGGUGUCCACGAGGUGGUGUUUGCUCCCGUGACAGAGGAACAGGCCCGGGGCACCCUGCGCUUCGCCAAGCUCAGCUUUGAGAUCGUCCUCAGCUCCUUCCAGGGCUUGCUGGUCAGCGUCCUCUACUGCUUCAUCAACAAGGAGGUGCAGUCGGAGGUCCGCCGCGGAUGGCACCGCUGUCGCCUGCGCCGCAGUCUCAGCGAGGAGCAUCGCCAGCCCCCGGAGCGCGCCUCAGGGACCCUGCCCUUGGGCUUUGGAUUCGGCCAGGUCGCCACGGGCCGCGUCCCGUCCUCGGGAACCCUCCCAGGGCCCGGGGAUGCUGCUAGCCCGGUCUUGGAAAGUUACUGCUAGGCAGUGGGAUUCUUGUGUUCAGUUAACAUGUAUUUAUUGAGCGCCUACUGUAUACCAAGCCGUGUGUGGAGGGCGCUGGGGAAAUGAGGGUUAAGGAAACAGAGGACAAGGGCCCUGUCCUCCUAGAGUUCACAAUUCAGUGUGAAACAGACCGUGAAGGCAAUACAUCAAGUUACACAUACGCUGUGGAAUGGCUUAUGAAGAAAAAUUCGAAGGGGAAUUAAGGUGGUCUGGAAGUACAUCUCUGAGGUGACAUUUUUAAGCCAUGUCUGCAAGAGGUGAAGGAGGCAGCUUUGAGAACUGGAAGACAAGAUUCUAGACAGAAGGAACAGCACCUGCAAAGGCCCUGAGGCAGGUAGGAGCUUAGACGUGUCUUAGGAAUAGAGAGGUGGCCUGCAUGGCUGGAGUGGGAUGAGUCAGAGCCAACACAAAGGGAGAGAGAAGUGGGCAGGGGCACGAGAGUGGUGAUUUUAUUCCAGGUGCACUGAAAAUUCUUAGCAGGAGCAUCUCAUGGGCUCAUGUUUUAAACAGAUCCUUCUGUCUGCCCUGUGGGGGGAUCACGUUAUUAGGGGCGGGGAUGGAAGCUGGGAGCCUAGUGCAAAGACUGCCAGUGGGAGUUGACGGUGGCUGGACCAGAGUGGUGGCCACGGAGGGCUGUGAAGUGGUUGGAUUUGAGAGCUGUUUUAAAGGUAGAACUAAGGAUUUGGCUAUGUAUCGCAUGAGGAAAGUGUAGUAAGCAGAGAAGUCCAGGAAGAUUCCUAGGUUUGGGACAGUGGAGAGAGGAGAGAGGGAGAUGGGGUUCAGGGUGGGGAGAACCAAGCUGGGACUAAGGGUCUGGAGCUCACAGGGAAGGUCAGACUUGGAGACAGAAAUGUGAGCGGCACUGGGGUCCAGAGAGGAUUCAGUGUGUAGAUAUAAACACGGGCAAUUCAGGGCAGCUCAGAGCCGAAAACUGACAUCCAGAGAGGCCAGGACCACUGCUAGCUGGGGAGUGAGGCCACACAUCCCAGCCCCCUCCUGGGCAGCCCCUGGGAACUGGGAAAUGGAGGGGAAGCCAACAGCUUCAUUGUAGCUGGACCACCUGUACACACACAAGACCCUCAGUCCUAAAUCCUUCCCCCUCCACACACACUUAGAUUCAGUUAGUACCUGGGUGUUGUUCUUUUCCUUCGGGUCCCCAGCUCCCUGGACAGAUAAACUCAGUCCUUUAAGCAUGAGGUGCCCCUGCUGGAUCCCUCUUGUGGGCUCGGGGAGGGUAGGGCCUAGGGUAGGGCCCUUGUAAAUAAAGCAUGAGAAACAGUUGUUUUCUGUGGGGUUUUGUGUGGGGUGAAUCUUCUUGGCCAGGCCAUAAAGGGAAAUGACUGAGGCGGGCUGCAGGGCUGGGUGCCUAGAGUGGCCUCGCACACCCUGGAGGGUAGCACUGUGCAUCUUCAGCCACGUUGCCAUGAGAACAUGAAUAUCGUGCUGCCACUGUCGUCACUGCCUAAGAGAAAGCCCCAACUGGAGAUGUUCGUACGAUUUCCUGAUAAUUUAACUGUUUGCAAUGUGUACAAGUAAAAGGAACGGGUGCACACGCGUGCCAAACAUAUUGAGGGCUGCUUCUCUAGAAAGGUGAUGUAGGAGUAAAGCUGCAGGCCACAGCCUGCUUCAAAUCUUAGUUUGGCUACUUAUUAGCUGUGUGACUUGGGGAAAUUCUCAGCCUCCCUGUGCCUCAGUUUCCACUUCUGGGAAAUGGAUGUAAUGAUGGUACCUUGCCUGAGAGUCCAAUGAGUUCCUUUUAGGUUACUGUCUGAGGCAUAAUGCACAUUAAACGCUGCUGCCACAGCGUUAAAUAGCUCCACAUUAAACCUGGUGCUAUUCCCGCAGCCUCUGCUUUCACCUUCACCACUGAAGCCAGAGGUGAUCAGGAACCAUUUGGGCAAGGAGCUGGGUGGAAAGGUGCGGACGGAAAUUCAGAUUGACACAAAGCAGGGUGCCAGGCUGGAAUCUUUGCCACCAGCCUGCAAGGCAGGGGAACCAAGUUCCAUCUCCCAGGAAGGACACAUCAACAACCAGGGGCAGGUGGGACAGAUAUGAACACAGGUCUGUGACUCCAGGGCUUAUCUGUCCUUGCUCCUGCACGUGAAUCUAAUUGCCAGGGAUGUCUCCCGCAGCAGCACCACUGCUUCCACUUUACAGAAUAUUGUGGCUCUAUCCUGCUGCCCCAUGGUAAAGACUGUUCAUAAGGACCUGGCUUCCUAAGUCUGAACGUGGCUCUAUCAUUUGCUGAGUGACGCUGGGCAAGUCAUUACCCUCUCUGGGCCUUAGCUCUCUCAUCUGUAAAAUGGGAUGGCUCUAGUAUCUACCCCACAGAUGGAAGUUCCAAUUAGACCACCCGGUAAACGUGCGACUUUAUAAUCCCACAGCUGUCGCCCUGUGUGUGUCAGACCCUCUUCUGCUGCAGGGUGCCCAGCUUUGCCACUACCGGGCUUACAGGGUAACUCAGGCUGUACCUUUCAUAGUUCAGUGUCAAAGACCCUGACCUCAGGCCUUCCAAUUCCUGCAGCCACCUGGCGGUCAGCCCUAUCUGAGGACAGAGAGAUGCAGGCAGAGACAGAACACAGAGAUCUGGGCUGGGGAAAGCCCGAUGUGUACCCGAGGAAUCUCCCCAAUUAGUAAGGCCCCCUUUCUCACCUCUAUUUCCCUAAGCGUGUCAGAGAAUUUCUCUCAAGAGUAAUCAGGUUCUACUUUGAGGGGCAGCAGAGCUCAGGGGUUAAGCCACAGGCUCAGGAACAGGAUGAGCUUGAAUCAAAGCAUCACCACUUCCUGGCUGGGUGUCCCUGCGAAGUGACACAACUUCUCUGUGCCUCAGUUCCUUCUUCUGGAAAUUGGAGGUAAUAAAUAAUAGUGCCUGCUCAGAGGGGUUGGGAGGAAGUCUAAACAGCACUGGGGUAGGGCUGGCACCCCAACAGCUCAGCAGGUGAUAGCAUGAUUGCUAUUAGUAUUUGGGUACCAAGUGCUUUAAAUGUGUACCCCCUACUGUCAGUGAGGGCAGGUCGGGAGCUCUCCCGGGCACUGAUGCGUCCACAGCAUUGCAACACAGAGCUGGACACAGAAGAGGCACUUGGGGAAUGUUUCCUGACUGAACAACUGGAAAAAAAGACCGGAAGAAAUUUCAAGCAAGGCUGACUCAUUAAGAGGGAGAAAGGAGAGACAGGGUGACGAGGUAAAGGUAGAAAAUAGAAAAUAGGAAAAAAGCAAAAGCUUUCCUUAUCUGAUUCACUUCACA